AUGUAAGAACCUUAAUUCUAAAUCGAGCUAAAAGAAAACAUCUCUUUAAGCAAAUCGAUAAGGAAAAUGAGUACCUUAGGUGUAGUUUCCUUGAAUUCAUAGUUAAACUAACAAGAAAUAAAGCCAAAACCCAAUAAAAAUUCAAGAAAUUCAGUUUAACCAUAGAAUAAAUCAGUUUAAUACAACAGAGGUCUUCAAGUAGAUGGACUGAGAUUAUUCUUUAAGGGAUAGAAAGCAAUGACUAAAUACCCACCUUUCCUUGAUGACUGUCCAAAAAUAGACUUUGAUAUUUCUACUCAUUCACCCCCUAAUCAAUCAGCAUCCCCAAGCAGACAACCAUAUUGGAAUAUGGUUGCAAAAAGAGUGAUGAGUCCAUUUAAGGAAUUUAUCAAGUAUGCGAAGAGGCAUAACAAUAUACCUGAUAUAGAUCCUAAUGCACUUUAAGAACCUGAAAUACAAAAAGAAGCAACGAGUAAGCCUAGAGAAACCCAGAAGUUACAAAAGGGUUUUAGAAAGAAUAAAGCUUCCAAUAAAAUGAGAUAGCAGUACUCCUCUUCUAAGAUGAUUUAACACUCCUAAAUGCACAUGAGGUAGGGGCCAACUGUUUAGUUUGCAAUGGAUUAGAUUAAGUCAUCCUCUAAUAUAAAUUCACUUGCGUUGAGUAAAAAUGAAAGUCAAUUAAAAGACUCAUUACAAUCAAUUAAGCAAGUAAACAUUCAAACACAUCCAAUGUAGACAUAGUUUUCGUCUUGCACUAUUGAUAGUGAGUCUAAGUAAAGUUAUUAGUAUCUACCUACUGUCAAGGAGGUUAAUAAUGAUCCUAAUGGCUUUUAAUUGAGUUAGAGUGGGAAUAAUCUCAUUAAACGAAUUGAAGCAGCAGUCAAGUUUAGAGUACUUCAAUCAAUUGAGAAGUAUAAGUUAAAACAACUUUUUAAUAGUCCAAAAAAAUAAUCGGAGCCAACAAGUUGUGGAGGACCUGGUGCCUUCGACUUUAAUAUUGGUUUAAAAUAGCUUCAAAGUUCAUAGGCAGUUGACAAAGAUAAGUUUGAUUUGAAAGAAUUUAUUCACAAAUUCUAAAAGAUUUAGGCUAAAAGUUCUAAGUAAUCAUCUCCCUAGAGUAGGAAAAGUAAUAGUAAUAAUAAGCAUAUUGCAUCAUUUACUAUGAAUAAAGAAUCCUCAAAGAAAGAAUUUAAGCAGUAGCUAAUGCGCAAAAAUAUGAAUCUCUCAGUUUUAAAUGAAAAUUCUCAAUAAAUAAGAAAUUCUCAAAAAAAAUUCGAUAAGGGGCCUCUAUUACUAAGACUAUAUCAGAAUGAAAUUGCUAGUAUUAAGUCAAGACCUAAUAGACUUACACGAAUAGAAGAAAAUUUAGAUCGAAAGUUAUAAAAGAUGUCGAGGGACUAGAAUCACAUUAGCGCAGAGUACAAUAGCUAUCUAAAUACAACAUAGGAUAAAACAAAUAUAACUCCGUUUUCUAGGCAUGGCAUAUCUACAUCAAAGCAUUAAAGAUCAGUCCUAAAGAAUACAAGCAAGCAAAAUAUUUUUGAAACGACAGAUUAAAUUAUAAAACCUAAAUCAGCUGGAGGGAAUUUUGGAUUCAAUAUUGCAAGGAACAGGCAUUUGAAUUAGAGUUUUGACGGUUAUUCUAAGAUAACAUUAUUGAAUUAGUAACUAGUUGAUAGAUCAAUUAACAAGAUUUACAAUACUCAACCAUUAAAUAAUAUAACAUUGAAUUAGCCAUCUCAAAACUAAACAUAGACAUUUACUAUCAACAAAAACUAAGUCUCAUAAGGGUUACUAAAUUAAAAUGUAAUGAGUUUAAAAAAUCAUUCCCUAAUCUAGCAUCAAAAGUUGACUACUUAGUCAGAAAAGCUAAAUGCAAUAAACUAAUUCGCCAAUUCAUAGUUACAGACGCUUUUAUUUCAAAAGCGUUUGAAUCUCUAAUUAGAGGAUGAGGUUAAUAAAAAGGGUAAGAGUGUGGUUGAUCAUAUAUUCGAAGUAAAAAAGCUCAAAGAUAUUUAUCUCAAAAACAGAUCUAUGAAGCGCUAUCUCUAAAGAGGCACACUUGAGAAUGCUAAGAAUAAUUACAUUAACAUGCAAAUUUAUUUGGAAUAGAGUAGGAGUAGGACUUAAGCCAGAACAAGUCAAUAAAAAUUGCAUCAAAUAUUAGAUAGAAAUGAUUCAACCAAUAAUCGUUCAGAAAUAUAUAUAGUUGAAAAAUCAGUUUACGAUGGUUCCACUAAUCUAGAAACCUACAAGCAACUUUGA